AUGAUGAGGGUAUCAUCCGGAGGGAAGACUGUUUUCCUUGCCGUCGUACUAUGUACGCUACUGGUUUCAACCCGGUGUCUGCUCGUUUUGGGCUCGAAAUCCGUGAGAGGUGACGAAAAAGCAAGUGACGACAGCUCGGAGAGCACCGCGCUUGAGGUGCUCAGUGUCUUCGACAAGUUCGUUCGGCGGCACCUGAUCUCCAAGGUGCACCCUCUUACGGACCCGCCUGACGCUCCGGAAGAUAUAGAAUACGCUUACGCGUUCGUUGGCGGUGCGGAACACAAUUCGACCGCCAAGGCUGGACACGAAGCAGAAACCGCCGUGAAGCUUGCCGCGGGCGAUUCGAAGUACGUCCUUGUAACCGUGGCACACCAGGACGCUGAAGACGCUCGAAAUAGUGCGGAUAAUGUGACGGAACAUGAACCCUAUCUGGUUGUUGGUGCUAUCGGCGCGUUGCACGCGAUACAAAACCCGUCAGCGCAUCUCCAAAACAUGUCGUUCUUGCUGGUGAAUCGAACGCUAACCCGAGGACAAGAGCUCUCCUUCGUCUAUCCACUGGCCGUGCAUGCUGCAUUCCCGCCCGGACCUUGCAUCCUCCGCUUGACGGUUUUCCUCGAACGACAGUGGAAAAAUCGGGAGCUCUUAAUCGAACUGGGGUUCCGCCCAGAGCAGCUCGCCUCACUGGUGUCCACGCAACCGGAGGGAUCGAUUGCGGCUUUCCUGGAUCGCAACUCGAUGCUCGGGUAUAGCAUCAAAGUGCUGGAUGGCGUUGUUGAAAUAACCCCAGCCGAAUCCGGGCGGGAGUAUCGUUUGCUGUUCACAAUCCUCGCCGUCGUCGCAAGCACAGUAGUCAUGCUGGUUGCAAUCCUGAUUAGCGUCGAUACGCCGCUGAAUCGCAAGGUUAUUCAAGUGCUGAAGCAACAAAUGCAGAAAAUGCGAAGGUCCAGACUACCGCCGCGGAAUGACGCAAGGAGCAGGUCUGGAGAAACAGCUGCAGCCGCGGAGCAUUCUAACGAGUGGUUGAUCGAGCACCACCAAAUGAUGCGCAGCAUCGUAGGUACUGGAUCGAAAGGAGCUGUCCGAACCGCCAAAACAACCGACACGGGAUCCAAACGUUGA